AGGCGUGCUCGGCUGGCCCGCCCGCGGCGGCGAUGGCGUCGCUGGGCGGCACCGUGAGGUCGCUGCCCGGGGUCCCCGGAGACGCGCGCUCGAGGGCCCUGCACACGACCACCACGCCGAUCGGCGACUGCUUCACGCACACGGUGGGCUCGCUGCUCCCCGCGGACGACCGCCACGCGCCGGUGAAGUUCUACCGCUCCUUCGGGCAGUGGUGGGAGUCCGGCCUCAAGGCGCGCGAGACGCACCCCUCGCACGACUGCCAGUCGUCCAGGUACUGGCCCUACGGCCGAGACGUUACCAAGGUGUACCAGACGCACAACAUCGUCGGGCAGGACCAGCACAAGUACACGCUGGACCAGCGCGUGGUCGGGGGAGCCAGGCCGUACAUCCCCCCGCGGCUCGACGCCAGCGGGUCCCUGCCGGACCUGCGCUCCACCCGGGGCGCGGCGCGGAGCGGGCGGCACCUGGACGACCAGUACACGCGGACCUUCUUCCACGGAAGCUGAGCGGAGGCUGCCGGCGGUGGUGGCUUCCCCGGCGCCCGCUCUGUCUCUCAGGCCGACAGUGGCCG